AUGUAUGGAUUUCUUGAUACCUAUACUAAUUGGGUAUAUCAUGGGGAGACUCCUGUUUGCAUUUAUGAAGAAGAUGAUGACUUUCUCGAAGACGAGGGAGACGAUAUAGAUGGUAUGAUUAAUGAUGCUUUCGGUCUUAUGGAGGAAAAUGACGGUCUUGCAUAUUCUGAGGAGAUUAAUAAUAUUGAGCUUGAUAAGGAAACUAAGGCCUUUUUUAAACUAUUACAAAAUGCCAAACAAAAGUUAUAUCAUGGAUGCGAGUUCACGUUAUUGUCCUUCAUACUUCGGUUAUUGCGGGUGAAGUCUACUUACCGUUGGAGUAAUAAGUCAUUUUCAGUGCUAUUAGAGAUCUUAAAAGUGGCUUUACCUCAUACUGUUGCAUUUCCGGGUUCGUAUAGGGAAGCAUGGAAGAUAAUUAAAGGGUUUGGUCUGGAUUAUAAGAAAAUUCAUGUAUGCCCUAAUGAUUGUAUGUUGUAUUGGAAAGAAACAGAAAAUGAGACAAGGUGCAGUAAAUGCCAAAUGCCAAGGUAUAAAGUUUGUGAUGGUGAAGAUGAAAGCCUAAAGAUUCCAAGUAAGGUUGUUAGGUAUUUUCCAUUAAUACCAAGACUUCAAAGGUUGUAUAUGUGCACUGAGACAUCACCACUCAUGAGAUGGCAUGCAGAAGGACGAAUAGAUGAUGGGGUACAAAGACACCCUGCAGAUUCUCUCGCUUGGAAGACAUUUGACCAACAACAUUCUCUCUUUGCAAGUGAUUGUCGGAAUGUCAGACUUGGACUAGCGACCGACAGAUUUAAUCCUUUCAAGUCCAUGAGUGUAUCUCACAGCACGUGGCCCGUAAUACUUGUUCCAUACAAUUUUCCACCGGGGAUGUGCAUGUGCAAGUCGAGUAUCAUGCUAUGUUUAUUAAUUGAUGGUCCUACUGCCCCUGGUAAUGAUAUUGAUAUUUUUCUAGGACCUCUUAUGGAAGAGUUAAAAGAGAUGUGGAGUCCAGGAGUGCCUACAUAUGAUGCAACCAUCAAACAAAUGUUCAACAUGCGAGCUGCACUUAUUUGGACAAUCUCCGAUCUUCCUGGCUAUAGUAAUUUAUCUGGCUGGAAUGUGAAAACUGAGUAUGGUUGCCCUUGUUGUUGUCUCGACACCCACUCGAAAUGGUUGAAAUAUGGCAGAAAAUAUUGUUUUAGGGGUCAUCGUAGAUUCUUGGAUAAAAAUCACAAGUUUAGAGAUGAUUCAAUAUCAUUUGAUGGCAAUGUAGAAUAUGGCUAUAAGCCCACUCGAGCCUAUGGAGAUGAUUUGAUUAGUGAGUUGAAUGAUGUUGCCACUGUAUAUGGUAAGAGAAUAUCUUUACCAUUGAAAAAAAGGAAGCUCGAUGGCACCUCAAGACAACAUAAUUGGAAAAAGAAAAGUAUUCUCUUCGAGCUACCUUAUUGGAAAGACAAUUUGAUUCGUCACAACCUUGAUAUAAUGCAUAUUGAGAAGAAUGUUUGUGAUAAUAUUAUGUGGACGGUUUUGGGCAUCAAAGGAAACAGUGCAAAAUGUUAUUCGAUCUCUCACAAGAACAAACUCUUUGGCUCCUGA